AUGUCGCUCUUCGACUUCAAGCCACUCGAAACGUACGAAUACACUCCACUCUCUCCAGCCAAGAGAGUCUUUCGCUUGGUUCAACUUCUACCGCCGAAACCCUCACUCAUCCCAGACGUCUCCGGUACCAUCCGCAUCAGACUUUCAGAACUAGAUAUCGACUCAGGCGGUCGUUACGAUGCUCUUUCAUACUCAUGGAACGUGCCAGCUGGGCAGGUAGAGCCAAAUAGGCAAAUCAUCGUCGAAACUGACGACGGCUCUCGCAAGCUGUACAUCUUUCCAGCCCUCGAAAGUGCACUUCUUCACUUGACCUCUCAAAGAAUGACGGACCGCAUCUUCAUUGACCAGAUCAGCAUAAAUCAGAAGGACAAGGAAGAAAAGAGCCACCAAGUGUUGCUUAUGCAAGACAUCUAUACGACAAGCGCUCGCACUCUUGUUUGGUUGGGUCCCCCUACUCGAGAAUCAGACCAGUACUUUGAUGUUGUCCGUGAGAUAUGCUCAGAAGGAGUGCUAUCCAGACUCAUUGGACCCCGAGUCAGUCAAGUCAUGCACGUCUUUGAUGCUGUAAUGAACCCCACCUUGCCGGUGGAUGAAGAACAGCAGGAAGACCGUGAUGAUCUAUUGGACUUAAUUGCACGAUACGGCAGUCGUUUUCCACUGGGUGGCUUCGCCGAUGUCCUUGAUCGAACCUGGUUCAAUCGACUAUGGGUUAUCCAAGAGGCCUGCCUGGCACCAUCCGUCAUAUUCUUGUGUGGCAGUAAAUCUCUCUGCCUCGACUGCUUCCGAUCCAGCGCCCUGUUCUACAGCAUAUUCAACACACACUGGGCGCGUAACUUAAACAAAGCAGUGCCCCAGCGUGUGAUUCGCGAGAGAGAUGCUAUCUAUGGCAAGAUGGGUGGGCUAAACCGCAUUUUUCAAGAACGGAAGGCCAUACAUGAAACAAUGAAACGAAGGCGACUGCAGGAACUCAUACUGAAGUAUAACGUCAACGACCAUCAUAAGAAAAUCGGAGCAACGAUGGAGCAAGACCGCAUCUUCGGCUUAUUAGGGCUGGCAGGAAAUGACGACACUGUGAAGAAAAGAGUUCGCGUCGAUUAUAAUGCAAAAGUCACUCAGAUGUACUCUGAGAUCGCAGAGAUACUUCUACAAGAGAGCAUCGACAUUUUGUUAUUCAACCAGCAUCCCAAGAAAACUCAAGGCUUGCCUUCUUGGGUACCGGACUGGGCUAUGGAUCUGUCGAUACCCGUAUCUUAUGUAGCCUUGGAAGAGCCAACAUCCAGCGCCGGAGGACCAAUGACAGAGGCCCCUACCCGACUCGAGGGGGAGGAGCUGCAGCUUCACAUCAGGGGGAUCCUCGUGGACGAAAUUCAAGAGGUGGGACGAAGACUGCAUCAGGUAGACUCCAAUACGCAAGUAUCCGAGGAGAUCAAUUAUCGUUCGGCCAAGUUAUUUUUCGACGAAGUCUCAGAAUUCACUCGAAUGGCUGCUGCCACAGCUCUUAGCAGAGACCCUUCUUUGUCUGCUGCAGAUGCGGAACUUGAACCGCAGCUGCGUUUGUGCGACUCCAGCCUUUCCUAUCGCCAUUUCACACAAAGUCUCGGCGCAGCUGCUGGCAUUCGAAGACUCCAGGCUCUGCACAGCGCGGUCUACAGUCUCGGGGAACGACUCAUUAGAUCAGACGAGACGAUUGCAUCCUAUCGCCUCACACGCAUCUAUCGAACAAUAGGAAUCGUUCCCUGGUAUUGGCAACCAAUGUCUGAGAUGGAGAGUCUACGAACCUGUGCGCUAGAUCCAGUAUUGGCGGGCAAAAUCGCAGGCCAAGCUAUUCAAGAUUUUGUCAUAGACAUGACUGGUCUUUGUGUCGCUUCAGCAAGGGUCUGGUAUGCCUCCAAAUACACCAGAUACCGACGCCGCUUUGGAAAGCUGAGUCCCCGACCAGACCCCGAGAGCGUCAGAAAAAUCGGGCUCGAUGCGGAUGUUAGCUUAGGCCCCGAUAUAACGAAUAUGCGUGCGGACGACAGCAUUGUUAUAUUCCGCGGUGGGACAACACCACACAUUCUAAGGAAGUUGUACAAUGGCGGCAAUCAAGAGGAGAAGUAUGAGUAUCUUGGUGAGGCUUAUUGCGACGGAUUUAUGGAUGGUGAAAUCCUUCAGGACGAGACUAAAAGGGAGGAGAUGUUUGUGCUGGUUUGA